AUGAAGUUUAAAGCACUUAACAUUGUGAAACAGUUUCAAAAUUUUUGCCGCAACCCUGUCUGCAACUUCGAUGGCUUUAAGCCGUACAGUACAUUGAAGGUACACACUUUUUUAGACAUAUAUAAACGGAAUCCAGUUAAAUAUCAUUUAAAACUCCCAGCAACAACAAGAGUGUGUGUUUAUUCAUCUGAUAGUAAAAAACACUUUCUAAGUUUGGAAAAAAAUGCGGAAGGGCUCAAAGAUGCUUUUGAACAAAAAAAGGUUCUAAUGAAAGAAACUGAAUAUCGAAUCCGACAAAAAGGUGUUCAAUUAGUGAGAGACAUCAAACACCAGAAGGAAAUAACUGGGCAAAAAAUAAGAGUAAAGAAGGAACAUAUCAUGAAAGAUAUACAUGAAACUAAGGCUAAAGUUAGAGAAAAAAUAGAAGAAGUUGUAGAGAGAGAAAAUGUGUUCACUGUUCCAAAUAUAUUGUGUGUAGCAAGAAUAACCAUGUCACCAUAUUUAGGAUAUGUAAUACUUCAAGAUGACUAUAACUUAGCUCUAGGCUUAUUAGCAUUUGCUGGAGUUACUGAUUUGCUUGACGGUUGGAUAGCAAGGACAUGGAAAAGUCAGUCUUCAAAAAUGGGUUCCUUUUUGGAUCCUAUGGCGGAUAAAGUUUUGGUAGCUACUCUAUUUAUCUGCUUAACAUGGCAGGAGCUGAUACCACUUUACCUGACAUUACUGAUAGUGGCACGAGAUGCUGCAUUGGUGGCAGCUGGCUUUGUUAUCAGAUAUAAGAGUUUACCUCCUCCUAGAACCUUGAGUAGAUAUUUCGACGUGACGCAUGCGACGGCUCAACUUGCACCCACAUUUAUAAGCAAAGUCAACACUGCGAUACAGCUUUUAUUGGUGGGUACUACUCUCGCAUCACCGGUAUUCGGAUACAUCCAUCACCCAGCUUUGGAAGUUCUCUGUGGUGUAACUGCGGCAUCAACUGUUAUAUCCGCUUUAAGCUAUCUUAUUAGCAAAGAUACAUACAAAAUUUUGAGGAAAAAGUUAUAA